AUGCGGCGGCCGAGUGGCAAGUGCUCCAUAGUGAGAGGUUGCAAAGUGCACAAAGACUGGGCCGCCAUGAGAUGUCAGGGAUGGAGCAGCUCUGACGCAGGUCCUGCGAGGCAGACGCCAUUUCGUCAGGGUCACUACCAUGGAUGCGUGGCUCGUCCAGGGGAGGGGGGAGCAACGGCAGUGACAACCAUCAUCAACCGUCACCGGGAUGUGGAUGUAGGAGGCGGCGGCGAACGUGAGGGCCCGCGGCCGGCGCACCGUUUGCGCGACGCCAGAGCUCGACGACGACUUGUCGACGACGUUGGCCGAAGGUCGGGACGGAUGCGCGCGUGUGACGGAGGCGGCGGCGAAAACGCCAGCCGGGUUGGGACAGGUCCGUUUCGGACGUGA